AUGAAGAUCUCCACCGCGCUCGUCGCUGCCUUCGUGACCGUCGCUUGCCUGUUCCAAUCCACCUCCGCCGAAACCGAGGCCACGACGUUCCUCCGCGUGAACGCCAACACCCAAGGCGCCAUCUGCUACAAGGCCUGCCCAGCAGGACAGUACUGCCCCCGAGGAGAAACAAACUGCCGCGCCCCCACCGGCGACUUGUGCUUCAACCCGGCCACCAGCCUCUUUCAACACGGAUGCGACAUCGGCUUCAAGUGCACCAACGGCAAGUGCGUCUAC